CGGGGGGCCGGUGGGAGCGGCGCGUGCGCACUGCGCGUCCCCUUGCCGACAGGCCCACAGUCACUUCCUGCCCCUGUGCCCAUCCGGCUCCGGGGUCAGCGGCCGCCGCUGUGGCGGGACAGUGGAGAAUAAAGUUACGCUCGGGGCGAGGGAAGCUGGCCGUCCGCUUCCAGCAGAAACGAGCUGCUGGAUGUAGAAGGAAAGUAGCUCGUGCCCACGGAAAAUGCCUUUGAGGGACAAGUGUUGUCAGACUGAUCACCAUCACCAUGGAUGCUGUGAACCAGUGCACCUGUUGGAACCUGGUGAUCCUCCGUUAUUACAGCAGCCUCUGCAGACAUCAAAAUCUGGUAUUCAGCAAAUUAUUGAGUGUUUUCGAUCAGGAACUAAACAACUUAAACAUAUCUUGUUAAAAGAUGUGGACACUAUUUUUGAGUGUAAAUUGUGCCGGAGUCUCUUCAGAGGAUUACCAAAUUUAAUUACUCAUAAAAAGUUCUAUUGUCCACCAAGUCUCCAGAUGGAUGACAACCUCCCAGAUAUAAAUGACAAACAGAGUCAAGCCAUAAAUGACCUCCUGGAAGCAAUCUAUCCAAGGGUAGAUAAGCAAGAAUAUAUAAUUAAAUUGGAACCUAUAGAAAGUAAUCAAAAUGCUGUAUUUCAAUAUCUGUCAAGGACUGAUAGCCCAGAUGAGAAUGUAGAAAGCAGUAGUACCCCUGAUCAAGCUCCAGUACAGAUACAGGAACCCAGCACUGAGCAACCCAAUACAGUUUCGGCUCCAGCUCCAGCCCCAGUCCCAGCUGGGGAGGCUGUAGAAUUACCUCCAGCUGAUCCUGUUACAAACAAGGGGAUACUUACUCCUGAAGAACAGCCUCCAGCAGUAAAUCCUGAGGUGGACUCUCUGGAUAAUUCUGAUUUUGGCCACCAGUUGAUAUGUUGCCUUUGUAGGAAAGAAUUUCAUUCCAGACGGAGUGUACGCCGGCACAUUCGAAAAGUGCACAAAAAGAAGAUGGAAGAGCUAAAGAAGUACAUAGAAACAAAAAAGAAACCAAAUCAGUCCUCCGUGAAAGGACGAAACAAGAAUGUCCUUGUAACAUUAGGUAGAAGUUGUCCUGUGUGUUAUAAAUCUUUUGCUACAAAAGCCAACGUAAGGAGGCAUUUUGAUGAAGUUCAUAGAGGAUUAAGAAGGGAUUCCAUUACUCCUGAUAUUGCUACAAAGCCUGGACAACCUUUGUUCUUGGAUACAGUUUCUGCUAAAAAAUCUUUUAAGACCCGAAAACAAAAGUCGUCUUCAAAGGCUGAAUACAACUUAACUGCAUGCAAAUGCCUUCUGUGCAAACGAAAAUAUAGUUCACAAAUAAUGCUGAAAAGGCACAUGCAAAUUGUUCACAAGAUAAUUCUUUCUGGAAAGAACUCUAAAAGAGAGAAAGGACUCAACAAUACUGCCAAUGGCACUGAAAUAAAAGUAAAAGUUGAACCAGCAGAUUCUGUAGAACCUUCACUCCCUUCCAUUGCCCUUUCUCCACAGAAUGAAUUAAAGGGAACAAAUAAUUCAAAUGAGAAAAAAAGCACACAGUCAGCACAGAAAAAUAAAGUUAAACAGGACCCUGAAAACCCUAAAUCAACCUCUAAAUCAACCACUAAAUCAACCUGUAAAUCAACUGCUAAAUCAACCUCUAAAUCAACCAGUGCAUCUGCUGCAGGUGGCCAGCAAAAAACCAGGAAGCCAAAACUUUCAGCUGGCUUUGACUUCAAGCAGCUUUACUGUAAGCUCUGUAAACGCCAAUUUACUUCUAAACAGAACUUGACAAAACAUAUUGAAUUACACACAGAUGGAAAUAACAUUUAUGUUAAAUACUACAGGUGUCCACUCUGCUCUUACGAAACACGUCGCAAGCGUGAUGUGAUAAGGCACAUAACUGUAGUUCAUAAAAAGUCACCACGCUACCUUGGGAAAAUAACUGCAAGUUUAGAAAUUAGAGCAAUAAAAAAGCCAAUUGAUCUUGUUCUAAAUAAGGUGACAAAAAGAGGCCCUCAGAGGGAUGAAACAAAACAGAUUGGUUCAAAACAGGAUGUCACCUCUAACUCUCCCAGUAAAAAGUACGAAGGAGCUGAUGUUGGCAUUGAAGUAAAAGUAACAAAAAACUUUUCUCUGCACCGAUGCAAUAAAUGUGGGAAAGCAUUUGCCAGAAAAGCUUUUCUAGAACAUCAUAAGAAAACUCACAAAGCAAAUGUAUCUCACUCACCUGAAGAAAAUAAAACCAAAGGCAGAAGUACAAGAUCUAAAGCUGUUGUCUGGUGAGGAAAAAAAGUGUUUUGUUUAUUAUUUUUCUUUAAAAGAAAACAAAACAAAACCACUGCCUUUAUUUUGCUGUUGUUGAUUUAUUGCCGAAAACAUUUUAUGGUUUAGUGGCUUAAAUACUAAGGUAGAUGGCAAAUUUAUUUCUUACAUGUUUUUAGUGUUUUGGAAAAGAGUUAUUUUCUAAAAUUGUCAUUGUAGGAAGUUGGAAUAGAACGUAGAUUAAAUUGUACUGAGUCAAAUCUUUAAAUUGUCUUAAGGCAUCUGUCGUAAUCAAGCUAAUAUAUGUUGAAAAUAGUAAAUUUUUUAAAUUAACAUUACUUUUGUUUGGUUUGAAUAACUUCACCUGUUAGUUAACUUCUCUGUGAUACAGUUGAUGAAGUACUAAAGAAGGUACAACAGCAAAAGCUGUUGACAGAAAAAAAUAUCUCUGUACUUGCUGGAACUGUCAUUUGUGCUUUAUUUUGG